GGCCAAGCCCCUGCCGCAUGCGCACCUCAGCCGACCAACACCCGGCAACCGGUGGCAAGCCCACAGAGAGCGCCCACUCAGAUACGCUCUAGCCUGGCUAGACGCUACAGCCCGACUAGAGACAGAAGAGCCUUGGAGGAGCCAGAUCGCAGGCCGCCGCUCUAGCCUUGAGCCAUGGAUCGCCGCGCAGAAUCCGCAGAAGCGCACAGCCUCUUCGGCAGCCUCUUCGACAGCACUCGGGACCUGGAGCCUCCACAGCAGUGCAGCGACGAUGUCACCGGCAUCCUCAGCGUGGGAGUCGACGAGGACCUGGAAGAAGUGCAUGAAGCGAAACCUGUAGAGAUCUCACUUAUUGGAGAGGGAGGAGAAGAGGGAAAAGGGAUACAGGCCGAGCCUGAGCAGGGAGCUGCAGCAGCAGAAGGAAAAGAGGCAGGAGACGAAGGAGAAGGAGAAGAAAAAGAAGACGGCGACGUUGGCGCACGAGCUCCCAGCCCCAUGGAAGUGGAAAACUGCGAGGCCGCCGGCGAUAGCGGCCGAGAACCAGGAGAGCAGGGGCAGGACGAGCAGCCCUCGCAGGCCGCCGUCGAGUGUCUACUGCCUGCUCUUGGAGACAGGCAGCAGCCGGGCCGCCGGGCCAUGUUCACCCCGGUGCAGCUGUGGGAGCUGGAGGGCAUUUUCCGUCGCACUCCGUAUCCCGACUUGUCGAUGCGACAGGAGCUUGCUAGACGCAUGGAUGUGCCUGAGUCCAGGGUGAAGGUUUGGUUUAAGAAUAGGAGGGCCAAGUGGAGGCGCGGGCAGAGGGCCUUAACAUUCAGAAACAUGCUGCCCGUGGCCCUGGGCCUCCCCGUCAUCAUAACCUUGGGCGGAUCCAGAAGUGCCAUGCUGACUCAGGCUCCGGAUUGCAUGUGGGUUCUUUGGCAGCCACUGCCACUGGGGCUGCCUCUGCUGCCCGUGUCUCCCUUUCCUCCUCUGUUCUGGCCUCCUCCGCCCUGGCUUCUUCCACCUUUCCUUCCCUGUGGCUGCCGUCGGCAUGCGGCAUGGCCUGGUCCCUUACCAUCAGUGGACCUUUUGUAGUCCACGUUUGCUAAAGGAUGGUGUCUGUGCUUUUUUCAAAGUGCUCUUGAGCCAGAUUCAAAUUCUGCCUCCCUCACCAUCCAGAGCAGUUCACCAAAUGCCUGCUAAAUGUGUUAAAGUGUGAAGUCAUUGACCCACUAUCUUAGGGCACGUUUUUGUGUUUUCAAUAAAGUUGUGAAUUC